AUGCAGGACCCGGGGCCGAAAUACGUGUCGCCGCUGGCCACGUGGGGGACGAAGUUGGGAUUCCGGGCGACGUCGAUUGUGUGUUCGAUUAUUUUGGCGGGUUUGAGCGGGUCGCUGGCUGCGAAUCAGCAGCUAUACAGCGCUUUGACGUUGAUGAUCGUUAUAGCCCCUGCGCUCAUCAUAACAUUCUGCUGGGACAUCGCCGAGGGCGUGUGCAUUCUCAAACGGCCGGGCCACCGCGGCAUCCACCCGGGCGCGAUUGUCGCGGUCGACUUGCUGGCCUGGCUCGGCUGGCUGGUUGUCGAUUUCUUCCUCAUCACCUACGAGUUAUUUGCCUACGACGACUACAUGGAUCGGGUAUACGAUGACAAUGGCUACUACCGCUACGUUCCCCACAAACUCUCGCCUCAGGAGCAGGCGAUUGUCAAUGAUGUCCAUGCCAAGGGCCGGGCUAUGAUGGCUUUUGGGAUUUUGAUCACCCUCGCACACUUCGCCCUCUUCGUAAUCGGCUGCUACGAAACCAACAUCCGCAACCGCAUGCCUCGCACCGUCUACGUCAUGCAGCCGUACUACGCCGGCCCGGCCCCUGUGCAGAUGCCGGCGAGUGCCUACCAGCACCUUGCCGGUGCCGGGUCGACCCCGUCGGUCAACGCCAUGGGCCAGCAGCAGCAUCAGCCGCAGGCGUACAUGAUGCAGCCUGCGGCGCCGGGCGUGGGGCAGAUGCCGGCGCAGCCUGUUCCGGCGCAGUUGGCGGCGCCUACGGCUGGAGGGGAGGGGAAAGGGGGGCUUGAGCGGUUUGCGUAG